CUCGCGGCAGCUCGACGUGGACGGGUCGCUCGCGCGCGAGCUGCAGACGCAGGAGCGGUACGGCGACCCCACGACCACGGGCGUCAUCUGGCCGCGGGUGGUCGAGAUCGGGCUGCUCGCAGGGCUCGGGUGCGGCAAGGUGCUGGUUCGCCUCGCCCUCGAGGAGCUGGCCGCGUCGGGCCGUUUCGACUUUGUGGUGCUGCAGGCGACGAUGGCGUCCGUCUCCUUUUACGAGGAGAUGGGCUUCGUGCGCGUCGGCGCCGUCGCGCGGUAUGCGUCCGAGGGCACGCCGCUCGACGCGCUGCCGCUGCAGGGGUACCGGCACUGGGCGUCGGCGGACGAGUCGCAGCUGGAGCAGUUUGGCGACAUCUCGUACAUGAUGGCGCUCAAGCUUCUCGGAACCUGCUCGGAACCUUCUCGGAACCCUCUAGGCGACAUCUCGUACAUGAUGGCGCUCAAGCUUCUCGGCACCUGCUCGGAACCUUCUCGGAACCCUCUAGGCGACAUCUCGUACAUGAUGGCGCUCAAGCUUCUCGGAACCUGCUCGGAACCUUCUCGGAACCCUCUAGGCGACAUCUCGUACAUGAUGGCGCUCAAGCUCUCCGACCUGAAGAAGGACCCCGCCUCCAAGGGCCUCUCCAAGCGGCUGGUCGCCGAGUGGCCUGAGGUGCACACUUCGGCCGUCCGCUCGUCGCACAAGUCGUCCAAGUCGCACCGCAAGAAGGUGCAGGUCAACGCGGCGGGCAUCGAGGGCGGCUCUGCCAUCAAGGUUGGCGACUUGGCGCUCAACAUGGCCGAGGGGGACGACGCGCGGCUGCAGCUCUGCUAUGAGCCGGAGCGGAUCAUGGAGCAGCGGCUCGGCGAGACGGGCGAGGUGCAGUACCUGAUCAAAUGGAAGCACUGCCCGCCGGAGAGCAACACGUGGGAGUACGCGGGCGCGGAGCUCCUCAAGUCAGAGGCGGCCAAGGCGGCGCUCGCGCGCUUCCGUAAGCACGUGCGCAAGGACGCGCUCCCGUCGGUCCACCACCACCCGAGCCAGGCGCCGCGCUCGCACAAGCGCGGCGGCUCCUUCGACUGGGCGAACGCCUCGCGCGCGGAGCUGCUGCAGGCGCCGC